ACGGCCGUUCACACCCGAUCCAGAGGAAAUGUUGUAUCAGUUGCGCUUUGUAUACAACCACGAACAUGCGUGCUUUACUCAUACUCGCCGUACUGGUCUGCCUACAUUGGAAUGCAAAAGCAUGUGAUCCUGAUCAAACUCAUUAUGGCUGCAAAUUUUAUGGAUCGUCGUGCUACUGCAGUUAUGGGUGCAAAAACGAGUACAUUUACAUAACAAGAAAGGAUUGCCUUAGCGCUUUAAGAGAGCGCAAUCCCAACAUCUGUUUUCGAAUGCCGUGUCUGCGAGGUAUUUGCAUACAAACUACCCAGGACCCUGGCUUCACAUGCAAAUGCGAGGGCACCGGCUUCUAUGGGCAGCGUUGUGAAAAAGCAUGUCCUUCCAGCGUCACCUUACAUGGUCUGAUCUUCCCCCACGAAUGCAUCGUUAUCUGAGACGAAGAACUGAAAUCAUCAUUUGAAUAUUAUGUAUUUACAGUAUAAUUCAUACAUAACGACUUCGCUUGUAACGGCUAACCGAUUUUAGCGAUGGUAAUAUUUAAUAAAGUUUGGUUUCAUAGUCAGGUACCACAGAUCAGGUAUCAAGAAAAUAUAACCAUUUAGUGCGACUCCGGUUUAAAUGAGCAUUAUUUAUAAUAAUAUGUCCGGUUACAACGACGCGCAAAUCUUAUAAAAAAAAUUGGCGCCCAUAAAUCACAGUUAGUGAUUGUCAUCUCUUAUGAAAAGUUCAACAAAUAUUGGUACUAUAAGCGACCAGCAACAGUUGGUCACUUAAACCGGAGUCGAACUCAAUGGUUAUAUAAUCUGACUGUGAAACCAAACUCUAUAAAACAUUAUCGUCGUUAAAAUAUAUUAGUCGUUAUAAGUCGUUAUAGAUGAUUUCUACUAUGUAUUUCUAAUGUAUAUACUUAAGAAAUAAUCCUGCUCAUUAGUGCGUCAUCCUGUUAGUAAGACAUAGUAUUCCCGGUCCCUUGAAGGUCGUCAUAUCCAGAUUCUACUGUAAUUAGUAACUAAUAAAACUAUAAAUAUAGUUAUAUUUACUCCUAAACUGUCACUGACGGCGCGGAUAUAUAUUAGAAAGUACCUACCUACAGCAUUGUCUCAAAAGAGACAAGUGGUAAAUUAACGUAUCGUUAAUGAUUAUACUGCUACCACACGCAUAAGUAAGAUAGAGAUACUGCAGAUAGGUCUCAUUCUAUUUUUUAUUCUUUAUCCUUACCUUUUGUCAUAGCUACAGAUAGUUUUAUUCAAAAAUGUUUUCAGUUCAAAUUUUAUUAUAAGAUGUAAUAUAUAAGCACCGUUUAUGACGACUCUCAAACUUUGCUGCAAAGAAAAUUGUUUUGCUAAUAAACUGAGUUAAUUUUAAUUACUUAAUUACAAUAAACAAAUGAGAUACAAUUAAAGAA